AUGAAAGUCUACGCAUUUGUAUCCCUCGUUUCUCUAUCCCUAUCAACAAUUUUAGCGAAAAGAAUUUCGUUAAGCAAUAAUUUGAAUUUUGUCACGAGUAAUCCGAAACAGCUACAGCGAACUUCCUCGCAAAGACUGCGGGCAACAGAGUACAAACUGGAUAAUAAAAUAAUAAGAGGUCCCCUAACACCACUUAACGAAUUUGUUUUGAUUCAAAAGGAUGAAGCGUAUGACACCACGGAAUCUGGAGUCUUCAUUGGAGACACGAUGCGAAAGAACCAGUACAUUGGAAAAGUUCUAGGAGUUGGCACAGGAGUAGUCAACAUGAAAAACGGCGAAAGAGUGCCAAUAGACAUCCAUGUUGGCGAUGUCGUGAUUUUUAACCCAAGUGAUGGAAACAAAAUAAAGUACAAUGACAAGGAAUGCUUACUAAUAUCGAACGAAGAAAUUCUAGCAAAAAUUAAUGACAUGUCUGAUGAGGUAAAGCCAGACAAUGUCACCCCCAUUUAUGACCGCGUGUUAAUAAAAUUAGUGAACACAAAUGUAACUUCCGAUUCGUUAAUAAUUAUGCCUGAAUCUAAGAACAGCGAUAAAUCCACUGAUGGGCUGGUUGUAGCAGUUGGAGAUGGAAUUUACGAUUCGAAUAAUAAUAAAGUUCCAAUGGAUAUACGUGUUAAUGAUUAUAUAAAAUUUUCUCCCUUCUCGAAUGAAAGUUGCGAAUUUACAUAUAACGGUGAAAAGUUCACGUUUGUAAAGGCUAGGUAUAUCAUGGCCAAGUAUUAA